CAUUGGGUGACUUCGACACAUGUACAUAACAAAAUUAUUUAACCAAUAUAAGUUAUGUUAAUUUUAUCAAAGAAUAGAUAUGCGGUUUGUUAUAAUUGGAAUACAACUUUUUACAUCUUUUUUACUCUUUCAAUGCCUUAUAAGUGAAUAUCGGAAAGAGGAUUUUCAGCUACCAUUGAAAUAUUUUGUGAACAAAAAUGGCUACCCUCUGGAAGAAUACUCCAUGGUCACAGACGAUGGGUACAUCCUAACCACGCAUAGAGUACCUCAUGGUAAAAACUCCACCAAAGCAAACCCAAGACCGAUUUUGAUCAACCAUGGUAUGGGAGGGGGUUCGGAGAAUUUUUUCGCAUUGGGCCCCAAAGAAUCCCUAGCCUAUCUUCUGGCAGAUAUUGGAUACGAUGUUUGGAUGAUGAACGCUAGAGGGAGCUUCUACUCCAGAAAACACGUAACUCUUGAUCCCGACAAAGAUGUGGACUUUUGGAAAUUCAGUUUUCAUGAAAUUGGAACCCUGGAUACAGCAGCAAACAUUGACUUUAUCUUGAAUAAAACAGGAAAAGAGGAUGUGUUUUAUAUAGGUCAUUCCCAAGGAUCGACAGCUUAUUUUGUUCUCACUGCAAUGCGUCCGGAAUACAACAAAAGAAUAAAGAUGCAUGUGAGUUUUGGACCACCUGUGUUUAUUCAUCUAAAUCCGAAUGACAUUCAACAUUUUUUAUCCCUGAAUGAGGGAGGCAUUAAGAGAAUUUUUGAGAUUAUGAAUCAUUAUGAAAUGACAUCACCUAAAGUUCAGUCCUGGGUGAAGAGGUACUGCGUUAUGCCACUUUUUGCAAAAGCUUGUGGGGUGUUUAUGAGCUUUGUGGCUGGAGGAACACCAAAUGGUACUUUCAGGGAGGAGAUGCUGCCAUGGUUUUUACGAACCUCACCAGUAGGAACUUCGCUCUAUGGAGUCGGCCAUUAUUUGCAAGAAGAUAGAUCAGGAUUGUUUAGGCAAUUUGAUUUUGGACCAAAGGAAAAUUUAAAAAGAUACAAUGCAACUCUUCCUCCAGAGUAUAAUCUAAAUUAUUCUACAGCUCCAGCAUAUUUAAUAUACUCUGAGAAUGAUUGGUUUGCAUCGAAAAGGUCUGUUGAUUACCUGACGAAAAAAUUACCAAAUGUUGUGGAUAAGUACAAGAUCCCGAAAAAAGUUUUUAACCAUUUAGAUUACCUUACUGCACCCGAUGUACGACAGCUAGUAUACGAACCAACCAUACAAUUUCUAAAAGAAUAUUUUAAUAUUACAUAGUUUUAAUGCCUACGUCAAAAAUAAAAAAUGUGCCAACGAACUGUAGGUAAUUAAUUAAAUUAAUUAAUUCACCCUGAAUUUUAUUAGAUGCUGUUUAAUGUCCUAAUAUAUAACAAUGAAAUACUAUAGCAUUAACGGCUGUUUGACAUUGAAAGUAAUUUAUGGUAAUACUAUUUUUUUCGUAAUAUUUUCAGUAGCGUAACAAAAGUGCGUAAUUCAAAUUCAAUAUUUAUAGCAACUAAUUAUCACUAACAGUCAG